AAACAGCAACUCGCUGCCGUCACACCACAACAACGCCUUUCACGAGGGCAACGCAACCUGUUGGCCCGACUCCAAAAAGUGAUCUAUCAACUAAGUCAACUAUUUUUUUGACUAAUUCUGCUCUAAGAUGGCUGCAAACGGACUGGUCCGUGUCUUGCCUGUCAUUGACCCCGCCGCGGGACACUGCUUCAAGGAGCCCAUCAAACGCAUCCACGAGCACCAGGAUGUGUCAGAAUUCUUGUGCUCCAAAGCCUACGUGAAUAUUAUGACUUUUCUGUUGCAGCUCAAUCGGUCUAUGUUCCCCACCAAGCUAUCAGAUGGAGGCGUCCAGACUUGGCCUCUGGGCUCCGAUGCAGUCGAGUACUCCGCCCCCGUCCGGCAACUGCAACAGCUGCUGUCCAGAUUAGAAGCUAUCCUGGAAGAAGCGCCACCCGAUCAGGGUCCCCGCCGGUUUGGGAAUAUUAGUUUCCGCAGGUGGUAUGAGAUCGUGGAAAGCCGCGUCUCAAGCUUACUGGAAGAAUGCCUGUCCCCAGGCAUUCUGAAGACUAAAUCAUCAGGCCCUGACGGCCCGACAGCAGAAGUAGAGCUAAAAGCUUACUUCCUUGGCAGUUGGGGAAGUCCUCAACGGCUCGACUACGGCACUGGUCAUGAGUUGAGCUUUCUGGCCUUCUUGGGGGCCAUUUGGAAGCUCAAUGGUUUCCCUCAAAACACCCCAGGGGUGGAGGAAAGAGCCAUCGUUCUGGGCGUGAUCCAACCUUAUUUGGAACUCGUCCGCACCAUAAUUAAGACCUACACCCUUGAGCCGGCCGGGUCUCACGGCGUAUGGGGAUUGGACGAUCAUUCGUUCAUUCCAUACAUCUUCGGCUCCGCGCAGUUUGCCCCGGCUCUGUCGCAAACGGAUCAAGUACCCGAGGAAGGUUCACUCCCUGAUGCACCUGACCCCAACAGUGUCGCAAAGGCGACGGCCGUGGAACGAGAGAGACGCGGAAACAUGUAUUUCUCGGCUAUUGGCUUCAUCUAUGAUGUGAAGAAGGGACCAUUCUGGGAACAUAGCCCAAUGCUUUACGAUAUCUCGGGCAUUCGUACUGGUUGGGCCAAGAUCAACAAGGGUAUGAUCAAAAUGUACAAUGCGGAGGUUCUGUCCAAGUUCCCCGUUGUGCAGCAUUUCCCCUUUGGAUCCUUGUUCAGCUGGGAUCGCGAGCCCAAUGCGGUGCCUCCGCCGUCGACUGUCCAUGCUGCAUCAGGACCUCAGUCGAGAACUCGAGAGGAACCUCCUGCGCAGCAUCCUGGGCCAGGCACCAAAGCUCCUUGGGCCGCCGGAGCACAGGCAAAUACCGCGGGUAGUGGCACAGCUGCACCCUGGGCUUCUGGAGGCGCAGCUAGAGCCCCGAUUUUACCUGAUACCUCACGGUUACCUCAGGGACCUAUGGCGCCUACCCGAGCGCCUUGGGCGAAUGCUCAACAAAACUCGGCUACUGGUGGAUCGACAGCCCAGGAGGAGAUGCUGACCAAGGCCCCUUGGGCUAAGUAAGCUGCGGAUGCUCAAAAGUUCUACUGCCUACCCAUAUACCCUUAGCAUCAGUCCUCUGAACUAUACUUCGAUAUCAGUG